UAUUCUUCUAAAAGGUGCCCUGGGAUUUUCAAUAGCAUCUUCUUCCACAGUGCGCUACAUUUGGCUAGAAAGGGAUGAAAACAAAAUUUGCUCUUGGCUGCGGCUUAACAGCGGACAUUUCAAUCAAGAGCAAAUAUCCGUCUGCUUUGUGUUGUUUUUUUGAGCGAGAUGGAUUCUGGGUUUGAAAGUUUUCUCGUGUUUAUUUUCCAUGAAAAGGGGGACAAAAAAGCAAAACCAGCUUAAGAAAAGACAAUUGGCACAGGCAGAUCGUCCUCAGGGAUUGUUUACAGCAAUUCGAUCUUUCAGGCGAAAUCUAUAAACUCCCAUUAAGGCUUUGGUCAUCAUUGCAGAUACUUCAACAGCCUGGAAAAAAAAUCAGCCUCUCCUCUGGGCUCCCAGACGCGCUGCAGUUGGCUUCCCGGAUAGCUCUGUACCCCCGAACAUGGGAGCUGGAGCUGGAGCAGGCUUUCUGGAGAAGCAGAGAGAAGCUGGGAGCCCGGCCAGCACCUGCCCAGGCUCCACGAAAUAUGAAAUUAAGGAUGUUUUCUCAACUCGUUCCUAAGCCUCUUUGGGGCGGCUUUGUAGCCUGGCUUUGGCGUGGAGGUGGCUCUCUGCUUGUGGCUUCCAGUCUAGUGGAAAACGGCAGCGGCUUUCCUUGAGAUGCACCUGACAAACAGUUUUCCUGGCCCCAGGCAUUGGAGGUGUUUGGAUCUGAGCCUUCGAAAUCGUUUCUGCUUUAAUCAAUGCACAGGGAUCAAAUCCACAGACACAGGGUAAGUAGAGGGUAAGAUUGAAUAGAGUGGAUAACGACCUUCCUGCAGAGAAAAUACUGGGUAGUAAGGAGCCUUUAAUUUAGGGGAGAAAGACGUAACGAGAACCAGCAGCCAGAGAGAUGCAAAUUAGAAAUCAGAAAGGUUUAAAACGGGCAGGGUAAUUAUGCACGGGGACACGCUUCUGAGGGACAUGGUGGGUUCUCCAUUUCUUGACGUCUUCAGUCCAAGACUAGUGAUCUUCGGCAACCAUGUGCUGUAAUCAAAUGCGAGCUAUACGACUGGGUAGCUGAGCACGCUUCAAGGGCCUGUGGUGUAUGGGAAGCUGGACUAGAUGAUCUAAUAGUCCCUCCUGGGCAUUGCGUGACCCUACAGCUCUAGGGCUGCUCGCGGGCUCCGGGCUGGAGAUGUGUACAGCUCAGCAUGCGUAGUGCGUGUGUUUAGCAGGAAUGUUUUUUCGUAGCUUAUGAAGCUCGAGCAGGUCACAUCCUUCACGUUUCAGGUUCAAAUGAGGCCAAAAUCUCAAAGGAAAACUGUGCUCAAGUUGCUGAGCAGUUGGCCUGGUUUCAGAGCACAGCCAUGUGAAAGCCAGUUUAACGCAGCGAAACCUAAACUCCCUCACCAUCCCUUGCCCCGGGGCUGGAUUCAUUAACCACCUCGCCAGUCUCGCUGCGUCCUCCUCUUGCAUUUCAGUCUAGGAUGCUGCUCGGCUCCGGCCCAAUGGCCUGGACAGGAACACGUCCGGUGCGCAUUUCCCUACUGAAAAAUAUGCUCAUAUGUGCAUCCCACACGUGGCACUUACCAAACAGACUGGGAAAGGAGAGGAUGGUUUAGAAAGUGGAACUGGGCUCUUUCCCCCAGAAACAGAAGAAGCAGUGCCUUGCAAUUUGAUCACUGCCUGCUCAUAUCCUACGUGAUGUUUCUAGUUAUCCUUUAAAACACAGGUAAAGGAAGGAUAGCUACCGUUCGCAGAACCUUUCAUUUGAAACUCAAGCCUGGUCCCGUUCUUGUUCAAGUGAAAAGGAAAUGGGCGUACCGAAAACCUCACCACUUGGUCGUGCACCUCGAGCCUGACCAGACAGGAUCCUGCGGAGGCCUCUUGAUACCUCUGACUUUUUGAUGCUAGGAAAUGCUUUUUGACACCAAUCCUGAUGAUUCCAGAGGGGAAAGGCACAAAGUCCAGCUGGGAUGAUGUAUUUCCCAGCCCCAGCUGAUCUGCUGCUCUAGGAAUGUGGAAGCGGCGAGGCCGUAUUCCCCCUGGAUGUAACUGGGUUUGUGUCUCCGACAGUGAGCUGCAAAGUGCCUUUACCAGCCAGACUGGGAGGGGUACUUGGCGCCUUUCAUCCCCUGCCCUGCUAUAAAGGAGGCUCCAGACGCAGCUAAACUGAACCUUUUCUUAUGUCUUCAAGGUCCUUUGACUUUGUAGCUCAGUUUCUCCCACUUCCCAGAGACUUCACCACCAUAAGUGGUGACUAGAUGACAGUGCAGACCAGCUAAGUGGUGACCAGAUGGCAGGACCCAGAUGGCAGUGCAGACCCAGGUCAGAAAUCUUGGGCACCAAUCUCAUGCUUUAGCAAAUGGCCUUUGACUGAUCAUUUGUGCCUUGUGAUGGCCUUGGCAGCCAGGACUUAGCACGGAGAGAUGAAAGAAGCUGUGAGAUUUUGCCUUUAGGUCCAUCUCUUGAAAAUGUUACCAGCUGGUUGCGAAGAUCUCAGGGGACCUCCCAAAAUAUGGCAUGUAGACAGCAGCACAUGCCAGUGCUUGCAUCAGUGGCACCUGCAUAGGCAACUAGUUCAGAUUGCGCAGGCACCAUGUGGAGGGAGGCCUGGCUUCCUUCUGCAUGGUGCAUUUGUCCCUGCUGAUGUGCUAAAUGAUUCCCACACCUGUCCCUGCAGAGCUGUGAUGCUGGCAGCAGCAGGCUGCAUCUCCCCACCAUGCCCCUACUAAUGCUUCUCCUUUUGUAGGGUUGGCAUGCCAUGCAGAGCAGCGUAGUCUCCAUAUCCCAGUCUUUCCUCCAAGAUGGCCUGGAGAAUGGGGGUCACGAGUAAUGGGGAUGAUGAAGUUUGUGACCCGUCGUGGAUGACGACACCUCUCAAUGGGGUGGCCAAGAGGUUGAGUGCCUUUAGCAAAGGCUGUGGCAUGAGGUCUAAGUACACAUCCAGUGUGCUUCAAUCCCUCAAAGCCCACAACGGGGCUGGAGGAAGAAACUCAGUCCCCUCUGUUUCAUACAAGUCUCUCCAUCAGCUCUGAACAGCAGCUGUAAAAGGGGCUGAUGCAUGGAGCCUGGGUUUGGGAAGUCCUGGUGCUGCGAUACCUUUGGGUCGAAAUGCUGGUGGUGUCAGGGAGCGGGCAGUAGCUGCACCAGGGGCACAACCGGGGAUGUGGCAGACUUCUGUGCAGAUCCCUGCUUGUGGCAUAAAGCAAAACGAUCUGACUAGUGAACUCUGCCUUUGUCAGCAGGUAGUCUGGGAAUGGAGGAGGCUUUGAGAAAGACCCUAAGAAAUAAAAUUCGAGGCAAACCCGAGUGAAUAAAAAGGGCUCUAAUUCUCCAUGAACUCCGGUCUCUAAAAGCCCACGAUGCAAAGGAGUUUUCUCGUAGCGCAGCGUUAACAAGCAGAGGGCAUCUAAGAUUUUCCUCUCUCCUGAAAUGCAGCCCUCCCACUUCCUUUCUCUUGUCAGGCUUUGUACCCAAGGGUUUUAUUUUUUAUUUUGUGGGUGUUUACUAGGCACUUCCAGCAGAAGGAGGGUUAAGUGCGUGAGAAGGGGGUGGAGAAGGGAAUCCCAGCCUGGAACUUGAGACUUUCCAGCUGAGAGAGAACGAUUCAGAGAUGCAGACGUAAUCAUACAACACUGCAAUCAACUCCUGUGUCAAAAGAAGUCAGGAAAAGCACAUAAAUAACUUCACAGCCACAUUUAAUGUAGUGCAGGACAUAUAUCAAUAAUGCCACCACUUCCUCCAGGGUGAGUAUAGAAAAGCUUCAUGUCUAAAAUGCUUGCAAAUGGUUGAAAUACUUUGAACUGGCUCUGUGUGGGCUUCAGAAACAGAGGUAGCUUUAAAUUUAAGCUCUUUUGGUACCAGAUCAAAUAGAAACUCUCUUAAUGCAAGUUUCAGGUUUCCUUGCAAAGAGUCUCAAGAGCUAACCUGCGAUUGCCUCGAGGAACACAAAGCAUAAUCUAUAUUGUUUCCUGCCGUAAAUUCAGAGCGCCAAACAAAAUGCCAAGAGCUGGAGAGCACGCUCGUUUAGGAACGCAAAUUUGUCUGUGAUCGCUUAAUCUGCAAGUGCUUCUCCCGCUCCCCCUCCCUGUGUCGAGUCCUCGCAGCGAUUGGUUCGAUUGGCUCGGGAUAUCUUCCUGCUUUGGCGUGAUGAAAUGAGCAGCAACAGUGUUGGGCAGGCUAUUGAUUCCACGCGCUAGUUCUGUCCUGAAUGAAGUCGUCUUUCAAACAGUAAAGUCGUUGCUGUUUUUCACAGUGGGUGGAGUGUUAAAAUGGCUUCCUCUUGCAUGAGUUCCUGCGAGGAGCUGACAUCCUUUACCUGGAGCACCCCAUCCUGUUAGUGCCCAUUGAUCCUUCUGGGAAAUGCAGGAGUGGAAAGCACUGACCUGGUGAGGUUCCCAGGAGGCUUCUGCUGCCCGUCCAACCAACCGGCAAAUGGCAAUGCACGCGUGAAACGGAAAUUUCUUGCAGAAAACCACCUUGUCGACCUGUGCUGCAGCUAGCCCCAAAGAGAGACUGUCCUACAAGAUCAGUAAAGCAAGCUGAGCCAAACCCUGCAGUCCUUCCUCAGGCAAAACUCCCAGUAAGCUCAGUGUACGUUCUCCCACGAGUCUCCAGUCAACUUUCUCCCACUGGGAAGGUUUCAGGCAGGAGACAACGGCCCAAGACAGCGACGCGAGAAGCAACCCGGGUUAGCUUCUUGCUCUAGGCUCCGGCAAGGCUGCCCCUCUGCACGUGUAAGAGUUUAACCAACGGUCCCAUCCUGAACGAUGAGGCUACCCCCAGCCGGUGUCCCCACACCAAGUCUGUCCAGCAACCAGGAUGGAUGUGGGAGAAGGGUGCUGCUGCCCUUUUAAUCCAGCCUCCUCCUAACCGCCGGCGAACAGGGGACCAUGCCCGUGAAGGCAGCAUCUAACCCGGUGGAACGAAGGGAAGCCAGCGCUUUCUAGCCCUGCCCCUCGGUAUCAUGACAGGGGAGACCCAGCAUGUGUACGCCAUCCCCGACACCGAGUCCAGCUCCAAAGACAAAGACUUUGUCUUCGAGCGCUACGGCGAGAAGGAGGCGCGGGAGUACAAUGGCAGCUUGCCGGACAGCUCGGAGCUAUGUUUGCACAGCGGGGCCGAGAGCGCGCCCCACUUCCCCAGCGCCAAGGACAAGGAGCCCCACAGCCAGCGGGAAGCCGUGAUCCGGCCGCAGCAGGCGGGCAAGAUCGACUUCAAGUCCCUCCACAACAGGCCCGCGUUCGCCGGCGAUGGCGCCUGGAGCAGCGUCAAGGGGAGCCCGCAGUCUCCCCCGGGGAAAAGCCGAGCGCGGGAGAAGGGCCGGCGGUCUGGGAAAGGGGAGCGUGGCCACCACCAGCUCUACCGGCUCAGCAUUGCCAAUGCCCGGCCCAACCCCACCAUCGGCAUCGCCUACCCGCAGCAGAAGGUCACCCCGCCCAAGAAGCUCGAAGUCCCCCGAGGGCCCAUCUCGGGAAGCUACCGCUUCCACGUGCCCAGCAUCCCGGAGAGGGAGGCCGAGCUGCAGCAGGAGGACCUCGGCUUCAACCGAUGCUUCCCCGAGGUCUCCUCCAGCCUCACCUCCACCAACUAUACCUCACAGGCGACAACCACCGCACGCCAGAACCACGCCGCCAAGGGACAGUCGCCCGUGGGGGUUCCCCACAAAAGCCCCGGCGCCGGCGGGCAGUUACACUAUUUAGACUUCCAGGCCAACGGGGUUAAUUCUUGGCCAUCGCCCGAAAAGAGCUUUCCAGGCGCUACCUACGGCCUCUCUGCCCCGAAAGCCGGCGCUUUUCCCGAGAGCAGCAAGUCCGGCGCGCACAGCCCGGGGUCCUUGCCUUUCCCCUAUCCGUGCCAGCCGUUGCAGGACGCGGUGAAGGAGUCCUACCAUAACGAUGCUAGCAGCCAAGAUUAUAUGGAUGUUUCCCUGGCGGCAAACCAGGUGACUCAUGGUGCUUUCAGCUUCCAUUCCUCUUCCAGAGACUGGCAAGACGAGGCUCUGAGCAACGGCUCCUACGAUAACGUCGUCCCGGAGGGCAGGGCGUAUGGCCUGCCUUCUCAGCCCACUCAGUUCCUGCCGUCGCAGGCGCCGGGGGUCCAUCACCAGUCCCCUCUGCCUUGCUACAAGGGGAGGAAUGAGCACUCCACUGACCUUAAUGGUGCUAUCUCUUCUUCUGGUGCUAUCGACCAAAACCCAAGCACUUUCCAAGAAAACCAAGCUGUUUUUCCGUCUAGUUUACACACUCCUACUAUGCCAAAGCCGGUCAGUAAGAGGCAAUGCACGUUGAAAGACGGUGUCCCCGGUCCGAGGAUGCUGGCGCCGGGGAGCUCUCUUAGAAGGAACAUGCCACAAAACUCUGUCUCCCAAGUGCACUUUCAGAACAAAGUUUAUUGCAGCUCCGCGGCCAGCAGCGUCAGCACAGCGUCGGUGCCUUUCGAGAAAAGCAUCCCCACUACUGCUCAGCCCCACCCCAGGCUGCUGCAGGCCUGGGGGGACGGAGCCAGCAAGGCCUUCCCUCCCCUGGACCCCAGUUCAGCACCUUAUUCGAACCCCGUUGGAAGCCAGUUCUCAUUCGAGUGCCAAUCCGGCCCGGAGCAAAGGCAGCACGUGCAAAAAAGCUCCAGGAUGCCUUGGCAACAAAUCCACCUCACCUCCGCCAUGCCCAGCCAGAACCGCAUCGAGCUCUCGAGGCAGAUCACCAGCCAGAAGUUCCCGUUCCCGCUGGGCACCUCGGAGUGGCAAGGGGGUGGCAAAAUCCAGAAAGGCCCCCCCUUGACCAGCGUCCCGGGGUACCACAGCAAAAAGCUGCUGUCCGGAGACGGCCCGGCGGCUCAGAGGAACGACGCCGGCCGGCAGCCCACGAACGCUUUCUCCUUCGAAGGCGGAAAGGAGGCCGGGUCCCCCGGGUGCGAUGCGAGAAGCAAGGCGCUCUUCUAUAGCCUGAAGCAAGCAGUGCCGCCCGCACCCGCCAGAAACCCUCCCAACCUCGCCUUGGUGCUGCCGCCCCCCGCCUUGGUGGCGGCUUCCCCGUGCGAGUCCCCGCUCCCGUCGCCCGUGCCCAACCCCGCGGGCGGCAGCACGUGCUCUUCCCUCUCGCCCAUGUCCGCCAGCCCCGGCAACCCCAGCUUCGAAGACAGCCAGAUGCCCUCCACGCUGACUCCGUCUCCCUUCUACCCCCACCCGUGCCACCCUAAGGACGGCGCGAAAGCCUUCCACCCCUUGGAUGUGCCUUCCCUCCACUACCAGCCCCCCGAGGCCGUCAAGUCCUUCCACUUCCCCGCGGACGCCUCCAAGGACGAGCCCUUGCUCAAAUGCCUCCCCGAGGCCGCGUACCACAAAGCGAGCCUGGACGGCUUGGAGGGGGAGCCGCCGCCUCCGCCGUACUUGUCCCAUCACCUGCUGGCCAACUCGCUGAGCAGCGCCAGCCUGGACCAGCUGGACGUGCUGCUGACCUGCAAGCAGUGCGACCAAAACUACAGCAACCUCUCCUCCUUCCUGGAGCACCGGCAGUUCUGCGGCUCCCACGCCGUUUUCCAGGCGGAGAUGAAGGACGGCGCCCGGGGCGCCGAGGGCAGAAAACCGCUCCUCCCGGACCCCGCGAAGCACCCCCAACCCGGGCUGGGGCUGCCGCUAGCCCCCGACUCCCACCCGCCCCUGCUGACUUUGAACAAGAACGUGGAUUUCCUGUUGGACGGAGAGACGAAGGACGAUCCGCUGAAAGCCAACCUCUUCCACGGCCUCGCCGCCACCGCCCCGCCGCUGACCGCUUCCGACUUGGAGAUCGACGACGCCAAGCUGGACAGUCUGAUCACGGAGGCGCUGAACGGCCUGGGGUACCAGUCCGACAACCCGGAGAUCGACAGCAGCUUCAUGGACGUCUUUGUGGACGAGGAACUCACGUCGGCGAAGGCUGCGAGCAGCGGGGCGCCCUACAAGCUGAAGGACAACCCAGAGAGCAAGCAGAAACACCCGGGUGUGGAGGAGAAGCCGAAAGCCGCCUAUUACUAUGAAGAGGAUCGUCCCAGCGAAGAGGCAACCCAGAGCAGGACGUCGGGGAAGCAGCACGUUCAUAAGGGGAGGCCGGCGGGGAGGUUUGCCAACCGUGGGGCCCAGAAGCUGGAGAAGCGCGACACGAAGCAGCUGGAUCGGAGCCGGGGUGCCGAUCGGGUCCCGGCAGAUAAAGCAGAGCCCGACAAGAGCGUCAAGCUGAGGGCGGGGAGGAAGGGCAGCACCGAGCCUGCCACCCCCGUGACUGUCCCCAAACCCGGUGCAGAGAAGAAACAGUGCAGAAACGCCAGCCAGGACCCCUACGCGAAGAGCGACGCGCGGCCUAGCGCACCCAGCCCGGCCACCGCCAGCAAGAGCGCGAAGCCGGCGCGCUUCUCCAUGAAGGACGGGAAAAAGCGGAAGCUCAGGAGCGGGACUUGGAGCAAGGAGCUCAUCCAUAAGAUCGUGCAGCAGAAGAACAAGCUGCACAAGCUGCACGUGAAGAGCAACAAGAACAUGCAGUUCUCCUUGGUCACCGAGAGGCUGCUGCCGGCCGCCCAGGACGGGCAGUUCGGGGAGUACGACUACAUUUCGGACUCGGAGGACGAUGGCGCAGAGUACGCCGCGCUGCACGGCAGGAGGAAGCUGGGCUCGGGUUUUAACGGGAGACCCAAAUACAGCUUUAGCCGGAGGCGCUCGGGGAGAGGCGAGAGGGCCAAGGAGAAGGAGCCGGCCUGGCUCUACAGCCAGAAGCGAGAGAGCCAGGAGCAGAGGAGGGUCCCCGGCAGCGAGGCCGGGAAGAAGGACGACUGUACGGCCAGAGCGCACCGGAGAAGCAGCCGCUCCUCCACGGGCAGCCGCCGCAGCACGAGCCUGUCGAGCGAGACCAGCGCCAGCCCACCCAGCACGGAGCGGGCAGAUUCGGACGCCGAGAAAGACGGCGUGCAAAGCCGGCGGCGCUCGGAGAGCGGCGAGCACGCGGCACCGCUCCCGCGGGCCCCGCCAAGCCCCUCCGACACGAAGACCCCCAAGAAGAGCCACAAAAGCAAGGGCGGCUUUUCCAGAGGGGCCAGAAAGUUCGGCUCCGCCAAGUCUCUGCCAAUGGGCUGCAGGGCGAAUGAGAGUCACGAGUCGACUGUGUCUCCCGCGGAGGGCGAAGAGAAGCAAGCUCACGGCCAGGAUGCUUACAGGAAGGAUGAAGCCAGGGAAGCAGCCAGCCACGCCGAGGAGACGGCACGAACGGUGCCAGAGACGCCGGAGCCAUCGGACUUGGCAGCGGUCAGCCGGAGGGGCCCGUUUGCUCCGUAUAACGAGGACGCCCUCCAGUAUCACUCGGAAGAGUUAAUCGCUCCACCCCACCUCGGCCACGAGGCCAGUCCCGGCAACGCGAGCUACGCCGAAACUGGCAUCAAGUACUUAAAGGAGCACGGACUUUGCGACGACCGCAAAGAUUACAGCUGUUACGGCAGAGACGGCGCCGGGAUGAUGCUCGCCGUCAAAGAGCCCGGUACCUAUGUGAACGCCGAGGAAGCCUUUUACGACCACAAAGACCUGUCCGAUCACUACGAUGCCAACCUCUUCUCAAAGCCGGCGCCGCUGGGGUCUUCGCACAUGGAUGAGAUGUACUUAUGCCAGGCUGACAUGAGUGCCGGCUCGUUUGAGCAGAAAGGGGCCAAUCUCUCUGCGUACGCAACGGAAAAUCAGCAGGCCAAAGUCUCCUCCCCACUGAGCUUUGAUUCCUCUUCAAUUUUCGAAGAGCUUCCCGUCGCCGAAUUUGAUGGUCCGUUGUACGGCAGCGUGUCUGCAAGCAAGGACGGUUAUGUGAUGUUUGCCUGCACCGGCAACCCGCCCAGCAAAACGAUGCCGUUCGAGCAGCAAUACCCUCCGUUUCUGCAAGAGAAGGAGUGGGCUCUGAUGGGGGACGUGCCCCCAAUUUUGGCAGAAGACAUCCCUCCGUUUCACAGUCUCUCGGUGGAGAAGCCGUUAGCUAAGAAAUUUCCUGACGAGGGGACCGUCGCCGGCGCUCAGAUGUCUUUGCCUUUGCCGGAGCGCGUCACUGAUUACAACGUCUCGUUUAUGAACAACGCGUCGGAGGAUGAGCUGGAGAUCAAGCGGCUGGUUACAGAACUGGAAAACCAGCUGCAAACCAGCAAGCUGCAUAAAGAGGCAUCUGCCGCGCAUCAGAAAGCGGAGCAACACAUCAGGACGCAGCUGAGAGCAGCCUCGGGCCAGUUUUCCCCUUUGCCCGUGGAUCAGGAGAUGAGCAAUGAAAAGCAGCUGUUCUUGGCAGACGGUCUUGGGAGCGCAGGCCUCCUUGCCCCGAAAGUCUGCGGCAGCGAGAGUCUGGGGACCGUGAAACCUGCCGCUCCAGACAGAGAUGCCAACUAUGAGAGCCAUGGGGAUGCUUGGCCUUGCCCGGUUGAGUUUAGCUCUCUGGACUCGAGCAUGUGCGCACCAGCUCCUGACGACCCCAUCCCCGUAGACCGUUUCUGCCCCAAAGAGGCCUGCGAUCGGUUCCAGGAAGCCGAAACUCCCAAGGAAAAGGACUCCCGAGAGAUGGCGAGUGCAAUCCCAGACUCCUGCGUGCCCACUAAAAUAGAGACUCCAAUUUACGCAGAGCGGGUGAUCAAAAGCCCUGCGAUUAGUGAUCCCUUGUGCCCUAAAACACUAAAGGCAGCCAAUCUGAGCCAGCAAGAUACGUUGCCCUCCCUGCCAAGCUCGCGUGGUCCUGAGGGCUUUCCUAUCCCGGGGAAAAUGGAGGAAAGCUUUGAUGACCCUCCCGAGCUGGAAACGUUUGGCAGCCACGCUGCAACCCUGAAAUCGGAGUUUGGGUUCCAAGAAGAGCGGGUCCCAGCCUUUCCCUCCCGUCCCCAAAACGUCACGGACUCCAAAGAAAGCCCCUUGAGUAAGUCAGCAUCGCCUGAAGGGCUGAAAAGCACCAUGCAUUUCAGCGGCGAUGAGAGUGGGUCGGCACUGUUGGAAGAGACUGAAGAAAGUAAGGACCCGGCAGCCUACCCCUCCCCGGUGCCGUGUGACAAGGGUAGCGACCGCAAGACACUGUUGUAUGAUAUCCUGAGUUUGCCCAAAGAAGCUGAGCCUGGCACGGAGAAGGCUGGCACCCAAGAGACAGCAGCCAACCCCUUACAGCAGCUCCAGCUGUUCGUUGCCCGGACAGUCAAGAACAACGAAGAGGAGUUGAUGAUGCCGUGCUUCCCAAUGCUGCUCUCUGCCAGCCACCAACCCCCCGGCACCGGCCUCCAAGCUGAGCAGAAGGAGGAGAGCGUCAGCGGCACGGAGAGCGAGGAUGUGACAUACUGUCACGUGCGUGUGGACGGGACGGUCCCCCUGGGAGAAGCAAUCAGCAUAGCUGCCAGCUCAGAAGAGAACAGGCAUUUUUCCGGGGCGGGUGAACAGCUGGACCCGUUCCCCGAAGCAACCUCCUACGCUCUAAAGCAAUCCGCGUUCAUGAACGACGAGCUGCACAAUAAUGUAACGGAGCUGCAGCACUUAGCAAAUGAAUGUUCAGAGCCGGGUGACAUUAAUACCCGCCCAGAUGGUGUUUCCCAAGAGCAUAAUAACCUCUCCCCACUCGGCUACUCAGCGCGAACCCCAUUGCCAGGGCAGGGACAGAAAUCGGAUCAGAUUGUGAAGGAGCAGGAGCAAGAUAAAAACAAAGCAACCUUGGCAUUUAAAAAACACAGGCAAUCCUAUUUAAGCCAUAGUUCAUUUGAGAAAGAAACAGCAUUGCCAGAGACGCUAAACAUUGGCGAAGCCGACCGCGGUCCUUGGUGCGACGGGACCGGUCAAGAGGUGCAGGUGUCAAAGCACGGCGGGAGAGGGUCGGCGAGCAAUCACGUCUCAUCCACCAGCAAGGUGGGACAGGAGCCACAGCCCCUCAGCCACGUGUCUUUGGCUCCUGCCAGCCCGUUAAACCCUUCGGAAGAUCUUCAGCAGGAAGAUCAUUUCCUGUGCGAAACGAAUGUCUAUUCGGUAAAUGCUCAGAUGCCGAAAGAAGGGGGUUGCACAAAAAUGCAGGCCCUCAAAGUCUGUCACUAUAAGGAGGACUCUCUGGGCGGUUUGCCUUUGCAGCCCAGCUUUGCUCACCAGAAAUAUUUGCAGAGCACCAGUCCUGAAAAUCUGGACUUCUCCAACUUCGGCACGCGGCUGCCGGAAGGGGAUAAGUACAGCGCCUCGCUGCUGACCGCAGAGACUCAGUCGAGUUUGUUUCUGGCGAAGAGGCGCCCCUCGGACUCCGAGAGCAAUCCCCUUUGCCAUCCGGCCCAGAGCCCCGGGGACCAAAGCAAAUGGAAAGGCGCGCUCUUGUUUCCACCCACCCUGCAGCGUUGUAAUACUGCUGCCCCCGCACCACGGGAGGCCAUGGGAAGCAUCCAGCGCUGUCUUGCUGGAGACCUAAAUAACUUUCAGCAGCCUGAGAAAGAAGAGUUGGCAAGACCUCCUGCCCCACUGUGCCCCGACGGCCUGGCAGCCACCACGUUGGACUUGGACAUGGGUCAAGAGCUGCAGGAAGGCCCCGGUGCUCCUUUCCUGGGCCCCCGUUACAACGAAAGACAAGCCGGUGCGACGAUGAAUUCCCAGCCAGCGCCUCCGCGGGGUAGCCAGGCGGCGCCGGAAACCAGCAAUUACUCGGCAGAGCCCACAAAUCUCUUGCAAAUGAGAAAACAAGAUGCUGAGUCCAACUUAAGUCAAGAACAGGAGUUUGAAAAAGGCUGUCACGAGGGCAACAACCAGCAAAGCAAGCCAGAGACCUCAUCCCCCGGCUUUGUCGUUCAGCAGGUGCCGACUGCUGCGAGUCCUGACCUAAACGUGACAGAUCCUGGGCCUGUCGAUGGAGGUGUCCAACACUUUUCAGACGCGAGAGCGGGUGAUCAUUGCAAAAGCCUGGAUGGGAAAGAAGGGACUGCAGAAGGAGAUGGGUCUGGAAGUGGUGGCGGAGCUGGCAGCUGCGUUCGCAAUAGCACGGACCAAGACGAUGACGUUGAGGUGUUGGACGCUGUCCCGAGUGCCUCCAGAAAGCAGCGUGUGAAAGAAAAGAAACAAAGCGGGCUCCAAGUCACCUGCGACAUUUGCUCUGCCUCUUUCCGGUCCAAACCCGGCCUGACCAGGCACAAAGCAGUAAAGCAUCGAAUGAAAAAUGACAGCAUAGCGGUGCCGAGCAAAGUUUCCCGGCCCCGUUUAAUUCCUCUGGACAAGGCAUCGAGGCUCUCCAAGAAAGGCCCCAAGAAGGGUGCAAAGGGUGCCGACAGAGAGAGAGCGGGUACCUCGCAGGUCCCUGCCGUUGCUGCUGCUGCACUCGUGUCCAGGAAAGCGUACGCCGGUCUGGAGAAGGAGCCCAACGUGCAAAUGCAGGAGGUCGUUAGCAGAGUGCUCAGUGACCUGAGCGUGAUAUCGCUGGGGAUGUCCCAGGAGCUCCGGUGCACGGAUGUGCUGAGUAAAGACCCCAAGCCAAAAUAUCAGUGCGCAGUGGUGGUAGAGGACUUGAGCAUGGAGAAACCCAACCCCAAGAAGCAUCCCGGGAAGAGGGAGAAAGGCUGGAGGAGCCAAAGUAAAGAUCCCGAAGGGUUCAGCAGCAAUUCGGAGAGAAAACUCAGCAGAAAGGUGAGACGGAGGAAAGCCAAGCUGUUUCCCAACAAGAGCGAAGCUGGCGGAGUGUGUGCCUCGGAGAAGGAUGCAAGGGAUAUCCCGUCCCACGAUGUUUUGGGAACCAGACGGUCAAGGAAGCUGGAGGACGUGGCUGAGGCAGGCAACCGCGUCUCCGCAGAGGCACCGGACAGGCCUCGCUCGCCACAGCCCUCUCCCGCAGCAGAGCCAUCUCCUCGUGCAGCCGGGCCCUCGGAGGAGGUUGGUGAGGAGGCAUCCCGUUCACAAGAGACGCCCGGGGACGUGGGCGAGCCGAGGAAGGCUCCGAAUGGAGGCGAAGAGGCGCAGGCGGAAGAGAAAUGGUCGACCCGGUUGGUGAAGCAAGUGGAGAAGGGGUUGAGUCAGGUUUGCAAAGAGCAGCGUGAGGAUGGUGAUGGCACAGUGGUGAAAGGACCCGAGGCCACGGAGAGCUCCUUGGGAGAGGGCAGCCACGGGACGUGGAGCAGUGCCUCGAAGCAUCCCUCCGGCCCAUCCACACCGGACCGGCCCGCAGAAACUCGGGACCCCGCAACAGCCCUGAAGGAUCCCGCUCCGGGAGGGCAGGAACGUGCUUCGGAUGGCAGCCCUUGCUCCUCCGAGCCCAAGCCCUGGGGACAAGGAGAGGCGCAGCCGAGCAAGGAGCACAGCACCGGUCGCGUGGCCGAGCCAGACCUGCAGAGCUUAUUCGACGACGACACCACGUUCUCCCAGCUCUUCCCCAGGGACGACCAGUUCACCCGGAGGAAGUGCACGCGCGUGUACGGGAAGCGGACAAAGAAACCCAAGCCCGUCAGCGAGGCGAACAUCAAGCUGGUAGGCACCGAGGACCUCUUUAGCAUCCGGCUGGCUUCUGACCUCAGCGAAACCAGCUCUUUCUGUGUCACCAGGGACGAUCCUUGCGAAUAUGAAACCAUUUCUAUCGACGAUGCCUUAAUGCUCAAUAUGUGUCACAAUAGCAAGCCCAAGGGGCACGAUGCUGUCUCCAGCCCUUCUACAAAUCUCGCAGAUUAUAAGAGAGCCGGCCAAGAGAAGGAGGUGAUUGACCUGGAAGAGGAUAACGUGUUAACUUUCUUAUGCCAAAACAACCGGAUGGAAACCGUUCCCAACUUGGCCAUUUGGGGAAGCCUCGACAAGGAGGUGGAAAGCGUUCCCGCUAACAAAAUGCUGUUCAAGCCCCCGGCAGAGCCUGAAAAUGAAUGCUCAGCGGUGGAGACGAGCCCUGAGCCUCCAGACCUGGAAGAAGAACCGUACGAUAGCAAGGCUACCGAGGACCCCAACUCACCCGAGUUUCAUCCGGUCGACCUUGAGAUGCUGAAUGCCAAAUUCAAGAUGAGGGACGUGUGCUUUGUCAGCUCGGGCCAAGAUCAUCCUGUCCAUCCAGAUGACAGCACGGUGAGCUUCAAGCCAAAGCCAGGCCAGCAUAGCAAGCACAGCAAAAAUAAGGUAGAAGAUGGGAAAGCCGGGAAGAACCGAAGCGACUUAAAUCUCAAGACCAAAGACAAACAGUAUAAGUGCAAAGUGUGUUUCCAGUGGUUCCUCACCUUAGGAGAACUGGACUUCCACAAGCUCACCCAUAACCCGUCCCCGCCUCCCACCUGCUACAUGUGCGUCCAGCGCAAAUUCAGCUCGAGGGAGCAGCUGAGAGACCAUUUAAAAGAGAAACACGCCAAGAACAAGGCGGGCCUGUGGGCCUGCGGCAUGUGCCUGAAGGAGAUCUCCGACGUCUGGAUGUACAACGAGCACCUCCGCGAGCACGCCACCCAGUUCGCUCGGAAAGGGCAGGCCCAGAAAUCCGUCAUGGGUCUGCCCGCCUGCUUCAGCGAGGACAACGCUGCCGUCACCCAUUUCCUGAACACCAUCAUGUACCGCAAACCCAGCAAGUCGUCCAGGCACGUGGAGUCCGGCGGCAGCAAGCCCCCUGCUUGCAAAGAGAAUAAAAGCCAAAGAGAGCAACCCCUGGAGCAAGAGGCCAAAGUAGUAAAGGACCUGGUAGAGAUGAAACCACCCUCUUGCCCCUCCAGCUCUUCCAAAGCAUCCUCCAUCCCAUCGCCAGAGCACAUGCCAAAAUGUGAGAGCGCUCCGAAGGCUGUGCCCAUGCAUCCCGACUGCAAGGACCCUUCCAGGGAUUGCCAUCACUGCGGGAAGCAGUUCCCCAAGCCCUUCAAGCUCCAGCGUCACUUAGUGGUGCACAGCUUGCAGAAGAUCUACUUGUGCCAUAAGUGCCCCAUGUUCUACCAGGAAACCAAAGAGCUUCGCAACCACCUCGGCCACGAGCACGGCGUCGUGGAGGAGCCGGAGAUCAAGCACACCACGCUGUACGCGUGCGAGCUCUGUGCUGACGUCAUGCACGUCAUCAAGAAGUCCUUCAUCUGCAGCAUGUGCAACUACACCUUCUCCAAGAAAGAGCAGUACGACCGGCACAUGGAAAAGCACCUGGCAGGGAGCAGUAAGACUUUCAAGUUCCGGGGGGUCAUGAGGCCUGGCCUCCCCUCCAAGGAUGGGAAUGAGAAAAUUAAAGAGGAAAGCUCUCCACGGGAGGACGUGCCACCGAGCAAGAAGAGGAAGGUGGGACACCAUGGCAGCUUGUUUGCACGCAGCUCGCCUGUGCGCCUGGACCCCAGCAGCGACCUGCAGCUAGGAGAGGACUCUUUAACACCGCCCAGCGAGCCCUUCCCUGCAGCCGCCGGCAGCCCUGAAGCACCGUUGCCCCAAACCUCUGUGAAAACAGAAGACCUUGUGGGUGACUUCUCAGAGCUCCUGGCUGAAAUGGAAAAGUCUCCAUUUGGUGCCCUCCCUCCACCUGCGUGCCUGUCCCCAUCCGGGCCCCAAGCAAUAGCAAGCAACCCAGAGCUCAACCACAUCGCUACGCUUGCCGUCGAGGACCUUGAGAAAGGUGCCUUUGAUGGGAAAUCUUUCCUGGACUCCUCAGAGUUUAGCAUGGACCUGACUGGUCUAGCUUGUAACCAGGCAGAAGAUGAAAAGCGGUCUCCCCCUCAUCUCACCGAGAAGCACGGGCAUGCAGACGCCCAAGGAAAAGCAACCCUGGGCAAUAGUGAUGAAGAAGUCAUGAGGCUGUUGGACGACCCCAGCCCGCAAGAAAGCCUUGCCAAAGAGACCCAUUUCCUCAAGCUUGCUAAGAAGGUCCCAGAGCUCCCUGUGCCACGAGCAGAGGCUCCACAAGCCAAGGAGGCCAAUAAACCCUUGCUGACCAGCCCGAAUGUGAAUGACACAGCUCCCAAGGACGGUGCCCAGCACUCCUUGCCUUUAAAGGACAAGACGGCAUCCCCUGUUCUGAACAGGGCUGCUAAAGAUUUGGCCUCUCAGAAGAAAACCAUAGGCAAUCAAGUCAACGGCGAGGCUGCCUUGAAUACCACCAGUGCUGGGGGCAACCCAGAGGAGGUCCUGAAACCCUGCUCUCUAAGAGACAAAGCCAUGCCCGAGACGGGCGCCCUUGCCAAAGACAGCGGUGCGAACACCAGCAUCAAAGACAUAGGAAGCAAUCAAAACAAGCCCCUAAGCAACCAGCUCAAGGGCGAGCCGGCGAAGCACAGCCAUUUGGAGGCAGGGAAGUCCUCAGACAAGCGGGCUCUGAACGGCGCGGGCAAGCUUCACCCGAAGAAGCGAAAAGAGCACAAGUCUUUGAGUCACAAGGGCAGUUCGGCCUCCAGGGAGAACAUCGAGGGAGACGGGAAGAAGAAGAAAGCCCGAACGCCAGGCCCGGGGAGAAGCGAGAGCGCUGGGGAGCUCAAGCGAGCGGACUGGACUAGCAACGAGGCUUCGGCCCUGUCCCCGGGGAGGAGGGAAACGCACUGUAACAAACUGAUUCCCAAGCCCCGCAUGGUCGGCGUCGGGCACCAGCUGAAGAAGAUGGUGCUCGACACUUACAACCAGAAGAAGGUGGAGAUCCGCCAGGCCAACGGGGACUUGAAACGCAAGAAGGACAUCCUUGGGAAGACCUUCCACCACCUCCUGGCCAAAGGCGCCGGCACGUCCCUCCACGGCUCCCUCAGCCGGCACAGAACUGUCCAAGGUGCUAAACCUGCUGACUCCCACAAUUACAGGACAGCCGAAUCCCAGAACAAUCUGCUAAGCCAACUGUUUGGACAGAAAUUAACUAGCUUUAAAAUUCCUUUAAGACGAGAUACUUCAGAGUAAUUUAUGGAAGUGACUUAUGGUGAUCCGCAGCUGCUUUCAUGGGGUUUGCAAGGGGGAAAAAAAAAAUUAUCAAAGCAUUAAAUUCGUUUGUGUAGCGUGAUUUUUCUGUCUAGCUUAAAUGAACUUGCACUGCAGCCUCUGUGAAAUAGUUUGCUUUGUGUCUACUAAUCUACUUUAAUUCACCUGAUUUAUCAUGCAAAUGCUACAACUUUGAUGUUGCUGAUGAUUUCCAUGAACUGAAAUUGUAAUCGCUUUGGGCAGACUGAAUCGUCAAGAGCAAUUGCUUUAUUGCAGAAGUGCUGAGGUUAUAAGGAUACUUGCAAAUCUCAGACCCUUUUGAGACUGUGUCUGUGUUAUCUUUGUACAAAGUACUUGAAGAGAUGAACUUCAUUCCAUAGACGUCUUAUUCAUAAGGUGCAGUACACUGUAGAAAGCAAAUUUUUUUUUUUUUGUGAAGAUUUUGCACAAAUAAUCCCAUACAAUUCAUUUAAUUGGGCGCUGGCCUAAGACACGAUGCAAUUAAAAAUAAUAAUAAAUUAAGAACCGAAUGCCCCAUGUUUUGACAGCCACCCUUGCGAAUUUGUUUCUACAUUGUCAAGAAAAUGAGGAGUUAGGUUUCGCGCCGCGCGGGCGAUUAGUGCGUAUUCGACGUUGCUGCCGUUAUUUGACCACUGUAGAUGAUGCUUGUGGAUGACCAGUGAGAAUGCUAGGGACCUGCACCUUGACAUUUGUGACAGACUCUUGUUUUAAUUUUUUAAUUUUUUUUUUUAAUUUUUGCGCAACGAUGAAACUGUGCCAACUUACCACACCAAAACGGUACUGUCCGAGGUACUUAACGGUAUAACUUCUAAACUAUCUUACUGUAUUGAGUUAGUAGCUAUAUAGGUAUCAGCUUUAUACUAUGCAGUUACUGGUGCUAUUUUUAUUUUUGUAAUGUGAAUACAGACUUCCUUGAUUUACGAAUAAAAGGGAACAGUUAGGAAGUAGCGGUUACCUGUAAAAGCAAACAAAAGCAGGAAAAUAAAACUUUUUAAAGAAAAAUCCUGUAUGCUGGUACUCCAUAGUGUUGCAAAGGUUACGUCACAUGAUCGAGCAGGUAUACAACUGAACUUUUGAAUCGGAAAGAAAUCUCAGGUGCAAAGGAUGACAUGGAAGAUAAAUACUAUUGAACACUCCCAAGUCAAGGAGGUAAAGAUAUGCACUGAUGUGAUAUGAACAGUCAGAGUACUUUGCGUCUGUCCUGCAAUUAUUGUUAUUAUUUUUUUAGAUUUAAAAGGGAAAAAAAAAAAGAAGAGGCUCUAUCCUGUUAAUAUGUAUCAUUGCAAUCCUUUGUAUUGUAUAGAACUAUUGUAGGUAAUUUACCUUGGUGCAAUGUGUUGUGUCAAAAGUUUUUAUUUUGAUAUUUUGUCAGAGAGCAGAGAGAGCGCAGGGAUGGCCUUUUUAUGAUGUUGUAUGUGUGCUAUUAAAGUGCCUCUUUAAUAUUGUUAAAUAAAGUAUGAGAUGAAAAUAUGGGGCCGUGCUGUAAAAUCCUACCGAAUUAAUCUUCUCAAAUAUAUUCCAAUAUUUUCACAGAAA